UUCCAAUUUGCUUUUUUCAUUUUUAUUUUUUCAUUUCUUUUUCGUUUUCUUUUUUGAUUUGAAGCCACCCCCGUUCGUUUCCUUUUGUGGAGAUCCAUCCAAUUCUCCUGUCUUCCCUUUUCCUCAUGAUGAUAUAAAGACCGACUAGAGCGCUCCGGACUCCAACAUAACGGCCAUUUAGCGUCUGAACUCGAUACUUCCCACCACUUUCUCGCCACUGUUUGCCUCACUACCAUGCCCUCUUAUCUCCCCUCUUCCGCAGAAUGAAAUUCGCCAAGGAGCUGGAACAGGAAUUAGUUCCAGAAUGGCGCGCCAAAUAUCUCGACUACAAGGCGGGCAAAAAGAAACUUAAAGCCAUUUCACGAGCACUCCAGAAGACCAAUCGAAGUCCCAGUUAUGCGUCCCUCCGGCACGUCAACCAUGGCGAUCCGUCAACGAUAACCGCCAGUGGUCUCGACCCUCCUCCCUCCUCGUUCCAUCAAUCGGACAGAAAGCAUCCAGCCACCGACCCGACUUACAACCCGACAUCGCCAGUCAGAAGCGGUUCUCGGACAUCACGCUCAACUCCCGGUCGACGAAGCGAACGCCAGCCCCUGCGAGUACCUGGUUCCCGGUUCUCAACGACGGUAGGAAGCUAUGGAAGCAUCAUCGCCACACCCCCGCUGCACGCUGGCUCUUCAGAUGUAGCCUCGUUCGAAUUACCGGACCCGGCGAUCGACUUGAAGGUACAGGACUUUGAUCCGAAUAGCGAGAUCACCCGCCAAGAUGAACCCCGCAGUCCUUCGCCAGUUAUGGCGCGCAAUGCCAGCACCAGGACCGUGCCGGGAAUGUCCCAGCGGAGCCCGUCCACCAACACCGAUAAGGAUGGAAAGAGAAAUACAUUUUCUGGCUCAAACAGCAAGCGAGCCUCCGAGAUCCUGAGGCGGGUAUUCACAUACACCGAGUCGCAAGAGAAGCAGGAUGAUCAGCCAUCUUCAGAAUACCAACGGCGGCAAGAUGAAUUCUUCGCAUUCUUGGACGAUGAGCUGGCCAAGAUCGAGUCGUUCUAUCAGAUGAAAGAAGAGGAAGCUACUGAACGCUUAAAGGUGCUCAAGCAACAACUUCACAUUAUGCGCGACCAACGGAUCCAGGAGGUCUUGAGCAAUAAAAAGGGUCGAACGCAGCAUGGACACUUGCACAAAGAGACUGGUUUCGGGGGACUCAACGGUUCCCGGUUAAAGGAGGCCUUUGUGGGACGUCGAAUCGGGAAGAAUUCGAAGGCAUUGGCCGAAUUGGCCACGCCGGCGGCAAAUCAAGGAGAGGAUACAGAGGUUGUGAACCGCCGUAGGGACUUCACUCGUCGACCUGAAGACGCAGCAAAUCAUGAGGUCCCCUAUCGUUCCGCCAAGCGGAAGCUUAAACAUGCACUGCAGGAGUUCUACCGCGGCGUGGAGCUGCUGAAAGCGUACGCCUAUCUCAAUCGGACUGCCUUUCGCAAAAUCAAUAAGAAGUAUGACAAGGCUGUUAACUCCCGGCCACCUCUGCGGUACAUGUCGGAUAAGGUCAACAAGGCAUGGUUUGUACAAAGUGAGGUCACCGAAAACCUGAUGGCCGCCGCGGAGGAUCUUUAUGCUCGCUAUUUUGAACGCGGAAACCGCAAGAUCGCCAUCUCCAAACUACGCAAGACCCUCAAGAAAUCGGGCGACUACUCGCCGAAUACGUUCCGCGCGGGUCUUCUCCUGAUGGCUGGUAUAUUGUUCGGCAUCCAAGCGCUGAUAUACGCCGCUCAGCAUUUUCAUCACCCCGAUCCCGUGAUACCCAUCCACACCAGCUAUUUACUUCAGGUUAGUUUGAACAACCCUGCGAUAUGCGCCAUGUUAGGCUACAUGAGGUAUAACGAGACUAACUUGAACAGAUAUACGGCGGGUUUUUCCUCAUAACCUUUCACUUCUUACUGUUUUGCUUGGAUUGCAUUGUUUGGACGAGGAGCAAAAUCAACUAUGUCUUUAUUUUCGAAUACGAUACGAGAACUGCGUUAGACUGGCGCCAGCUAACUGAGCUACCUUGCCUUUUCAUGUUUCUAUUGGGUCUCUUCAUGUGGCUCAACUUUUUAUCGGUCAAUGCCA